UUAGUGAAUCAGUGGUCAGGUGUGGGGUUAGUGAAUCAGUGGUCAGGUCUGGGGUUAGUGAAUCAGUGGUCAGGUCUGGGGUUAGGUGUGUGUGUGUGUUAUUGUUAGGUGUGUGUUAGGGUUAGGUGUGUGUGUUAGUGUGAUCGGUCAGUAAUGGCGUCCAACUCCACCACCCAGUUCUUUGCUCUGUCCCAGUCCUUCAGUAUCUCUGACAUCAUCAUCAUCGCUGCUUACUUCCUGCUCAACGUAGCCGUCGGCAUCUGGUCGUCGUGCAGGGUCAGCAGGAACACUCUGAGUGGAUACUUCCUGGCUGGGAGAGACAUGGCCUGGUGGCCGAUCGGAGCCUCUCUGUUUGCCAGUAGCGAGGGCUCUGGUCUGUUCAUCGGUCUGGCUGGAACAGGAGCUGCCGGAGGCAUCGCUGUCGCUGGCUUCGAAUGGAACGCCACCUAUGUGUUGCUGGCAUUGGCUUGGGUGUUUGUACCAGUCUAUGUGUCUUCAGGGAUCGUGACCAUGCCGGAGUACCUGGGUCGUCGGUUCGGAGGGGAGAGGAUCAGAACCUACCUGUCUGUUCUCUCUCUGAUGCUGUCUGUCUUCACCAAGAUAUCAACAGACCUGUACUCAGGGGCGUUGUUUGUCCAGGUGUGUUUAGGAUGGAACCUGUACCUGUCUACCGUCCUCAUGCUGGUGGUCACUGCCCUCUACACUAUAGCAGGUGGUCUGGCUGCUGUCAUCUAUACAGACACUCUGCAGACCUUCGUCAUGAUUAUAGGAGCAAUCAUCCUCACCAUCACAGCAUUCAACCAGAUUGGAGGCUACAGUAACUUGGAGAGAGUUUACCAGGCAGCCAUCCCUUCUAAGAUCAUCCCCAACAGUAGCUUAUAG